UUAGUGGUUGACUUGACAUUCAUAGUCCCUGUUUUGGUAAGGUGACAAUGGAGAAAAUAAAGGACACCCUAAACUGGUAUUUUGGAAGUGCAGAAGUAGUGACACAGUAGCUCUGCCAAGCAAGAGUUGUAAUCAGUAGCCUCUUCGAAAAAUCAUUAAAAUUAAUGCUUAUUUCCUUUUUUCUACUUUUUUUUUCCUCCUUCCCUCAGGAAAUACUGUUGUGCUGAGGAAGAAAACAGCUCUCUCCUCCCUUUUUUUUUUUUUCCUCCUCCUUUCUUCUUCUUGCUCGAUUCAGAAGCUCCAGGAAUGUGCUAAUUGGCGGCGGCCUCUUCAGAAAGCCUGAGCCAUCUCCAAAGGAAUGGUGAUACUGCUACUAGAUAACAUUUCAGGAAAAUGGAUCUUGUGUGAGGGCGUUGAGGAAACGGUCCCCAGCUACUGAGAAGAAGAAAGGCCAGUGGGAAAUAUUCAGAUCGAGGGAUUUUAAUGGCUUUCAGGUAGAAGAAAGUGGAGACAAUCAAAAUGAAUUCUAUGGACAGGCACAUACAGCAGACCAAUGACCGGCUGCAGUGCAUAAAACAGCACUUACAGAACCCAGCAAACUUCCAUAAUGCAGCAACAGAGCUCCUGGACUGGUGUGGAGACCCCAGAGCUUUCCAGAGACCAUUUGAGCAGAGCCUGAUGGGCUGUUUGACGGUGGUUAGUCGAGUGGCAGCUCAGCAAGGAUUUGACUUGGAUCUUGGAUACAGGCUACUGGCAGUAUGUGCAGCCAACAGGGACAAAUUCACUCCAAAAUCAGCUGCACUGCUUUCAUCGUGGUGUGAGGAGCUGGGACGGCUCCUGCUGCUUCGCCACCAGAAAAGCCGGCAGAACGAUCCUCCCGGGAAGCUCCCCAUGCAACCCCCCAUGAACUCUAUGAGCUCCAUGAAACCCACCCUCUCUCACAGUGAUGGGUCUUUCCCUUAUGAUUCUGUUCCCUGGCAACAAAAUACCAACCAGCCUCCAGGCUCUUUGUCAGUGGUCACCACAGUAUGGGGUGUGACUAACACCUCUCAAAGCCAGGUGCUGGGGAAUCCAAUGGCAAAUGCUAACAACCCUAUGAACCCAGCAGGAAAUCCCAUGGCUUCUGGGAUGACAACCAGCAACCCUGGAAUCAAUUCUCCUCAGUUUGCUGGACAGCAGCAACAAUUUUCAGCCAAGGCAGGCUCCACUCAGCCAUACAUACAGCAGGGCAUGUAUGGGCGACCCAAUUAUCCUGGAAGUGGAGGUUUUGGUGGCAGUUACCCUGGAGGCCCAAAUACCCCUGCAGGAAUGGGGAUUCCUCCCCACACGAGGCCACCAGCUGAUUUCACCCAGCCAGCUGCUGCUGCUGCUGCUGCUGCAGUUGCAGCUGCAGCUGCUACAGCAACAGCUACAGCUACAGCCACUGUGGCAGCCCUUCAGGAAACACAGAAUAAGGACAUGAACCAGUAUGGACCGGUUUGUUCCUCUUUCCAGAUGGGUCCGACUCAGGCUUACAACAACCAGUUUAUGAACCAGCCUGGUCCUCGUGGUCCUGCUUCUAUGCCAGGCAACAUGAACCCAGCAAGCAUGGGAGCAGGAAUGACACCUUCCAGCAUGAGCGGGCCACCCAUGGGCAUGAACCAGCCUCGGCCUCCUGGAAUGAGCCCCUUCAGCACCCAUGGGCAGAGGAUGCCUCAGCAGGCCUAUCCAGGCCCACGCCCCCAGUCUUUGCCUAUACAGGGCAUAAAGAGACCAUACCCAGGAGAGCCGAAUUAUGGAAACCAGCAGUAUGGACCAAAUAGCCAGUUUCCAAACCAGCCUGGUCAGUACCCCACUCCCAACCCUCCGAGACCCCUCACAUCUCCCAACUAUCCUGGACAGAGGAUGCCAAGCCAGCAAAACACAGGGCAGUACCCUCCUCCAACAGUCAACAUGGGACAGUAUUACAAGCCAUCAAGGCCUGUACCUGUGGCAAAUUACCCUCAUUCACCUGUUCCAGGAAACCCCACGCCACCCAUGACACCAGGGAGCAAUAUUCCUCCAUACCUGUCACCUAACCAGGAUGUCAAACCACCAUUCCCACCUGACAUUAAACCAAAUAUCAAUGCUUUACCACCACCUCCAACCAACCACAACGAUGAGCUGCGCCUGACGUUCCCUGUCAGGGACGGGGUUGUCCUGGAGCCCUUCCGGCUGGAGCACAACCUGGCCGUCAGCAACCACGUCUUUCACCUUCGGCCCACCGUGCACCAGACCCUGAUGUGGAGGUCUGACUUGGAAUUGCAGUUUAAGUGCUAUCACCAUGAAGACAGACAAAUGAACACAAACUGGCCAGCUUCAGUCCAGGUCAGCGUUAAUGCAACCCCACUUACCAUCGAACGUGGUGACAACAAGACAUCUCAUAAACCCCUGCACCUAAAGCACGUGUGCCAGCCAGGGAGAAACACCAUUCAGAUCACAGUCACAGCGUGCUGCUGCUCUCACUUGUUCGUGCUGCAGUUGGUGCACCGGCCAUCGGUUCGCUCCGUACUUCAAGGUCUGCUAAAGAAACGCCUCCUCCCAGCAGAACACUGUAUCACUAAGAUCAAGAGGAACUUCAGCAGCGUAGCAGCUUCCUCUGGCAAUGCAACACUAAAUGGGGAAGAUGGAGUCGAGCAGACUGCUAUUAAAGUGUCACUCAAGUGUCCAAUCACAUUCCGGAGGAUCCAGCUCCCGGCCAGGGGUCACGACUGCAAGCACGUACAAUGCUUUGAUCUGGAAUCUUACUUGCAACUGAACUGUGAAAGAGGAACUUGGAGGUGUCCAGUAUGCAAUAAAACUGCUCUCUUGGAGGGCUUGGAAGUUGACCAGUAUAUGUGGGGUAUUCUGAAUGCUAUACAAAACUCCGAGUUUGAAGAAGUUACCAUUGAUCCAACUUGCAGUUGGAGGCCGGUCCCUAUAAAGUCAGAUAUUCACAUCAAAGAUGACCCAGAUGGCAUUCCCUCAAAAAGAUUUAAGACAAUGAGUCCAAGCCAGAUGAUCAUGCCAAAUGUAAUGGAGAUGAUUGCAGCUUUGGGUCCUGGCCCAUCACCUUACCCAUCCCUACCUCCUCCUCCAGGAGGCAACAACUCCACUGAAUAUGGUAACCAAGGCAACAGUUACCAAGGUCAUGGCAAUUUUGACUUCCCGCAUGGGAAUCCUGGUGGCACAUCUAUGAAUGACUUCAUGCAUGGGCCACAGCUGUCACAUCCCCCAGACAUGCCGAGCAGCAUGGCAGCUCUCGACAAACCUCUCAGUCACCCCAUGCAGGAAUCUAUCCCUCAUCCCGGCAGCACUGAUCAGUCCCAUACUUCCAUGCAGCAAGGUUUGCACGUCCCUCACCCCAGCAGCCAGUCAGGGCAGCCAUUACAUCACAGCGGGCCUCCUACCCAGCAGUCCCGGCAGCCGCCCCCGGCCGCUUCUAGCAACCAUCCACACAGUGACCUGACCUUUAACCCCUCCUCAGCCUUAGAGGGUCAGGCUGGUGGACAGGGAGCACCCGACAUGCCGGAGCCCUCGCUGGAUCUGCUUCCAGAACUCACAAAUCCAGAUGAGCUGCUUUCAUACCUGGAUCCUCCUGAUUUGCCAAGCAAUAGCAAUGAUGACCUUCUGUCUCUCUUUGAGAACAACUGAAACCAUAUGUAUUCUCUCAUCCUUUUCACUUGUUCACACGUGUGUGGCUGCACAGCGAGGAAUCAUAACACUCCUUUUCCACAAGAGAAGAAAAAAAACCUCACAACUUGAUCCAAUGGUGCACUCCCUGCUUUCUUCAUCUCAGAACUGCUUUUGUUAGCUUCAAAGACUGCGAAAGCGACGGGAGAAAAUAAUGCAAAAGUUAAAUAAAUGCAGUAAUCUCCGAGUCUGCCAUGCUACAUGUGACAAAGAAGCAUAGACAGUUGUGCAGCUAUUGGAAACCCCAUUUGGUGUUCAUCCUCUAGAGAGAGAGUUCUGUGAUAAACAUAGUGUGAAGUAUCUUGGCAAAACCGAAUCUUGGCAAGGGAAGAAAAAUCAACAGAAUGGAACUGUCUUUAACUGACCCGUCUCAGAGUGUCUUUACAAUGCUUGUUCUUCCAUUUUUUUGAAACUGUAUCUCCCUCUACCCCACCUCUCCUCUGCCCCCCUCCAGCCGUGGGUUUGCCUUGGAAUUAUUGUCCUGGCCACACAGAAAAUGAAAAAAAAACCACCUACAAAGCUCAAAAAAGCACAAAUCCUACAGUCAAGUGGCAAAGCUAGGGAAGACACACAGGCCUGUCAGAGGGAGCAGCAGUUUAGCUAAUGCGACUUCAGUCCUGAGAUCUUCAGGCCGCAGCCGUGGGUGUCAGGAUUUCUGCAAGCACAGGGAUCUUUACCAUGUCUUUGCAGAGCAUUCCUCUGGCCCAGCACACAGAUUGGAAGCACCCAGGAAAUUUUUUUUUAAAGUUUGCAAUGUUUAGGGAUUUUUGUGAUUUGGUUUCAAAUCAGUACGAUUUCUGACUGUGUUAACAUCCAGCUGUAGAGAUUGCUGUAAUAGAUCUUUUUGCCAUGUAUGCCAUACAUAAUGGAAAAGAGAGGGAGGGGGGAUGCAAACCAAACUGUUCUUGAUUAUUACCUACAGCCUUCGGUGCCCCCAGAGUUUGUGUCACUGUCUGUACUGCACAAUGCAUAGUAAGACAAGCUGGGUUUGAAGGCAGCGAGGAAAUCAUUGCAGGAUGGAGGGAGAGUAACAUCAUUUUCUGCAUAAUUAUUUUUAAUAAUCAGCUUGAGAAGGGGCAUUGACAUUGGACAGACGUCUUACAGCUUCAUUUUAGUUUUGCUUUGCUUUCUGUUUUCGUGACUGUUACAGAUACUCCCGCCUUUUUCUUUUCUUCUCCUUCAGUUUCUUUUUUUAAACUUUGGCUGCUGGGAUGAGCUCUUCUGAAGGACCGAGUGCGGGGAGAAUAAGUACCUGUCAGUAGAUUGCUACUGCCCUCAAGAGACCCUGCUGCCAUAAUUACUGUCUUGCCCCUGUGAUCUUUGCUUCUCGUGUGGUUGCUGCUCCUGCAUGAGCUUCCUAUUGCUUCUGUGCCCAUUUCUGUGCUCUUUGUCUCUCUCUCACUCUUAUAAAUGAUGUACAGUAGCUGUGUAAGAAGUGCAUGUGUGCCAACUUUGCCCUCGUGGUGCAACAUUUCAGCUUUUCCCCACUGUACAGUUACUGGUUUUGUUCCUUUUGAUACUAAAGCAUAUUUGACCCUACUCCUUUUCCUCUUCCCAAAUGCAAUCAAAUGCCCUUCAUUUGCUCGCCACAAUGCGUUUUAAACUGAAGUGCCAGGCAAAAUUUUGUUUGUUUCUGUCAGUUUGACUAGAUAGCUUCCUAGCCCUCUGUGUUUAGUUUGCAGUGCUGUAAAUGGCAUGCUCUGUGCUUACGACUCUGGGUUUGCUUUCCUCACCAAAGUCAUAUUUGUAAAUUCUCUGCAUUUUUUGUUUUAUUUUGCUCUUUUUGUUAAUGUUUCCCACUACUGCUGUACAUGCAUUGUGGUAUAUAUAUGCUAGUCAGCAGCACCUUGCUGUAGAUAUUAAAGGAAAUGGCGGUUUAGUUCUUUUAUUUUCCAGUAGGAGUAUUGAAUCUGUCAAACGUAUUAUGUAGAAAUGGUCCCACACUUAUAUUUUUCCUCUUUCAAGUUUUUUUAAGAAAGGCGCUGUUCAUUAUGCAAAAUCAAUUAUUUUAAGAAUUGCUAUUGUAAAUAUCUUUGUGAAUAUUUUAGUAUCGUCUUUGAUAAUAUUCAACAUUUUCAUGACCUGGUUAUACUUUUGCUGGUGUUUUUAAAUACCUUGUCUGAAGAAAAAUAUGGGUCCUUUUUUAAAAAAGAAAAUUGAGGGUUCUUUAACAGAAUAAGGGAGUUGGGUUUUGGGUUUUUCCCCCCCUGUUUUCUUUCGGUAAGUUAGCCCAAAUUUCAUAUCCAUUUAUACGAUGAAUGAAUUGAUACAUCAGGCAGUACCUGGAUAAUCAGGGCCCAGCUCUGUCAUGAAAACAUAAUUGUGUUUGCCUAGGGAAAAAGUGAUUGCCUAGGGAAACAGUAACCCCAACUGAUCAACCAGUGCUCAUUAACUGUGGGUGAUCGUGAGCUGGUAAUGGCAGAGUUUGUUCAUUUGCCCAAGUGAGCAGAACACGUAGGACCAGCUGUCUGACCAGGUAAAGAUGCACUAAGGGAAGCAGCAAAUCUGUAUGGUACCGUAUUUAUAUCGGUGUACUGGUGCUCCAGUCUCUGAAACUGGGGCAAAGACACUUAGGGAUGUUGGUGGGUGGGGGAGGGAAACAGUAUAGUAUAUUUUAUUCUGCUUAGAAGUGUCUUUUUUCUUAUGUAGGCUUGACAACCUGUAGAGGAUCUUUGCAGAAUAUUAAAGAUACCUUGGUGUAAUACAUGGUAAUAUGGUUGUGGUGUGGUGCUGCUAUCACACAGUUCCUAGGAAAGACCAUUGUUCAGUUACUGAUACGGAUGUGUUGUGUAGCCAUUUUGCUGUAGUAGUUUCCCCCUGUUUUAUUGCUGCAUUUUUUUAUAUAGGUCUGGAAGUCAUGUGCAGAGGUGGCUAAUGUUAAACUGACUUUAUGCCCUUAGUGUUAGUUUUUUUUCUGUUUGGGGGGGGGGGCAAGUUCCUUAAGCCAUAGGUUUGGGAAUAAAGAAAAUUUCUCACUAUUAGUUGGAACUGGUUGCUCUGAUUUUUUAAAUUGAUUCUAUUUCAUGUUUCAUUCUCCACUGAUUCCUGAGCAGCUAAGUUAGUCACCUAAAAUUAAUUUUCUCUUAAACACAAUAUUAGUAUUUUAAGCCAGGUAUGUUAAGGAUUGACCUUUUGCUAACUUCUAGUAUUUAAAAUGUAUGAUUUAAAAGUACCUGUUGGAAAGCAUAAAGGGAAAAAAAGCCCCAUAGAUAUUUGCAAUAUGUUUGGAGCAGUGUUGGCAUCUGCUUUGUACAGUAAUAGAUGAUUAAAGCAGACAGUUGACAUCUUUAAACUUACAGAAAUAUUUGGUUUCUAAGUAGAACUUAAAAGAAAGUACAGUUUUUACCCAUCACCCAAAUGUUGGACAUUUGAGACAAUUUUAAAAUUUAUCUGUCACCUAAAAUCAGGUACUGUAUAGUGAAGUCAAUAUGAAAAAGCUUCUGAAAAUUUAGUUAUUUUUUUAUCUGUUCACUGCCAUACUAAAGUUUAGAGGAAAAAACCUAGCAAAUAGGGUAAUCACAGUCAUUUCUUUUAAAGCUUAAUUAUUAUAUGAGAUUCCAGUAGUAUUUUUCUUCUUUUUUUUUUGUUUUUUUGUUUUUUUUGUUUGUUUGUUUGUUUACCUUUUAAUCGUUUCCCUAUGGAAGUUCAUCUGGGAAAGAACCCACAGAGAUCUACAGUUCUGCUGCCAAGACAUUAUUAUAGGACUGACAGUACACGCCAGUGUCUGCAGCGGAGACUCAAGGGACAGCUGUACAUAUGUAAAUGACAAAUAGAGACAUGUUAACAGAAAUGCAUUCAUUUUCCUUGGAAUGUGCAUUGUUUUUAUUUCGCAGGAAAAAAAAAAGCUUGAAGCUCCAUCUUAUGUGGAAAAUGAAUCCUGUUUGUUAGCGUUUGUGGAGUCUCAGCAUUUGUUCCACUUUCACUUCUGUAAUAUACUCUGAUCCUUUGUUUUGUUUUGUUUUAUCUACAUGUAAUAUUUAGCUUAUGUGUACUAGUCUAUCACCUGUGUAUUUUUAGGGUGCUACAGAAAUAAUGAAGAAAAUACGGGGAUUAAAAAAAAUUAAAAAAAAAUUGUAACCAAAUUCAUACUUUGUACAAUUUUUGAUAUCACGAUCAGAGGAGAAUUAAAAAAAAAAAAGUACAAUCUGAGGUAACAUGCAAAAAUGGCCAUUGUCUUUGUUUGUACAUUGUAUGUACAGUACAAUGCAAUCAUUUCAUACUUUAAACUGGUCAGAAAAAAUAAUUGUGAUUUUUAGUCUUGCAAAACUGUAUGUAGUUAGAUGAUGUGACAACCUAAUAUUUAUCUAAUAAAUAUGUAUUCAGAUGAAACCUGUAUAUUAGGUGUUCAUGUGGUUAUUUUGUAUUUAAAGAUCAAAUUAUUUGACUAUUGCUAGACAUUUAUAUACUCUGUUGUAACACUGAAGUAUUCUCAUUUGUUCAUGUUAAAUUUUUUUUUCCUAAAUAAAUUUGCAAAAUUAAGGUCUGAA